AUUAUCAACUACUAAGUUGCAGACGAUCAGUAGCAGUAUCUAGGCCACAUUGAACAAUUUAUAGUUGCAGAGAUAUAUAUCGUAAACUCCUCGAGGGUCUCGUUGAUGGCAGCCAUGUCUUCAAUGAUGUUGAAAUCUCCUGCACUGCCCAAUUGCAGAUCAAUUCAAAGAAGUUCCGUGGGUCACAUUUACAGAGUGCCACUCAAGAGCCUCCGAGUCAAGUGCAUGUCAGAGGCGGAUUCAGAGCCCAAAGAAGCGUCCCCAAUAGCCGACACUGCUUCUCCACCUACUUCGGCAGCGCCCACACAAACUCCAACCAGAAGUUCCACCACACCAGUCCCUCCAAAAAAGGUCAGCACGAAGUUUGGCGACGUGUUCGCAUUCUCAGGGCCAGCGCCAGAGACCAUUAAUGGAAGACUGGCGAUGGUGGGGUUCGUGUCGGCAGUUGCAGUUGAGUUGGCAAGCGGAGAAGACCUGCUGACUCAGCUGAGCAGUGGAGGGGUAUCGUGGUUUGUUUUAAGCGCCGUAUUGUUAUCGGUGGCGUCACUGGUGCCCAUGUUUAAGGGAAUAUCAGCGGAGAACAAAUCGCAGCCAAUAUUUUCGUCGACAGCAGAAAUCUGGAACGGGCGUUUGGCUAUGAUUGGCUUCGUCGCGGUGGCCGUGACGGAAUAUGUGAGGGGUGGUCCUCUUGUAUAAUUGCUUCCUAUCUCCAAAACUCCAAGAGUUUAGGAAUAUGGGAGAAGAAGUCCAUACAUAGGAAGAUCUCGAUACGGUAAUCAGGGAAAACCCCAAAUCUUUAAUCUGAACCCUAAUGCUGCGGGAAAAAUUAAGGUUUUAUUUGGGGAAAUUAAAGAGAAAAAAUGUAAUAUAGAGUGUGUUCUAAUUAUUGGGACAAUGUUUGUAGCUUUGAAAUUUAAUAAAUUUAAAAUAAUAUAUGAUACUAGAGAGAA